AUGAUAACUUUAACGUAUAUUAUUAGAAUCUAAUACAAAAUAUCCAUUAGAAUCCAACUCUCUUAAUCCAUUAUAACAAUAACAUAAGGAAUAAAAAUAUAACAAAUUAAAAUAUUUAGGAAGAAGAGAAUAGCAGAUUUAAAAUAAAAAGAAAAAGAAAGUUAAAAACUAUUUCCUCCAAUAAUCGUGAGCAAAGUAUAAACAUAAUUGAAGUCACCUCAUUAGCAAUAAUAAAAAGCUUAAGCUAAAGUAAACAAUUUAAGUAAAGAUAUUAAUAAGUUUAGUGAGAUAAUCUUCGGAUAAAUAUAAGUAAUAAUAGCGAGCCUUAGUUCCUAGUAACAAUAACAAUAAUUAAAAAUAAUAAUAAAGACUUGUGCAAGGUUAUAAAAGCCCCUAAAAGUUAAUUUAAAGUUAACACCGUCCCCUCAGCUAACAAUAACAAAGAUAAAAUUAGAAUUAAUAAUAGCAGAUUCACCAGAAACCUAUAGGAAUAUUAGGAGUUAAAAAUAUAUCCAAGCAACUAAGUUUACAAAAUUAUUAAAUUUCAUCCUAAUUAUAAUCUCCUAAAUUCUUUUACAAAGAUAUCGAAUAAAAUCCAAAAAUUAUUAAACAACUCUAGCAGGAGGACAAUUAAGAGAAACAAACUGAUUCAAAUUAGGAUGAUCAGUAAGAUGAAUUUUAAAUAUAUUAGAAUAUAGAUAAUGUAUAAAUAUAAGGGACAUAAAAAAAAAAUUAUAGAUUUUAGGGUGAUUAAUAAAAGAUAUUAAAUAAGAAUUAAGAAAUAAAAAAGGUAGGGUAAUUAGAAUAUAAAAAAAAUGGAAUUUUCACAAACUAAUUACAAAAAUCAUAGAAUUAUGCAGAAUUAAAACCACAUCCAGUACCUUUAGAAUAAUCUUAAUCGACUGAUUAUAAUUGUAAAAAUUAAAAUAAUGCAUAAUAAUAACGAAUUUAAAAUAAAUCUUAAAGUACUGAAGACAAAAAAUAACAAAUAAAUACAGAAUAGCAAUAACCUGUAUAAAUUUAAACAGAAAAAGUCCUUUAUUAGAAUCAAACAAUAAAAUAGACCAAGGUUAAAUUAAAUUAGGAAGACAUCCCAUAAAUAUAAGUUCAAAAUCCUCAAAGUUCCAUCAAGGGAAUUCAAGAUGAGAAUCAAGCAGAAGCCUCUUUACAUAAAGAAGGUUACGUGGUAGAAUAAAAAUUGUAAUAAGUAGUAGGGCAACAUUAAGAUGUUGAAAAAGUAAGAUCCUCAAAUUAACAUGUAUAGGAUUAAGCAAAUUUAAAUGUUGUCUAAUAAAAUAAUGAAUUAGCUGAAUUUAAAAAAAACAAUGAUUAAGAUGCAUAAGGUCCAAGUUAAGAAUAAGAUGGUUCAGAAGAACCGGAUGGAAUGCCAUCUUCUGAUAGUUAUGGAUUGUAAAAUACUAAUAAAGAAGGUGUAAAUGAAGAAGUUUUGGAAUAGCCAAAUGAAGUUUUAUUAGUCCCCGAAAGUUAACCCAAAUGUUUGGCUUAUUAGAAUUCAAGUGGACUUGAAUCUAAACCUUAAAAAGCGUUGCAAUCGUAGACAAAGCUGAGCCAUAGUUAGACAUCAUAAUUUGCUGAAACAAAAAAGAAGGUUGCAAAAGUUAUUACAUACCCUGAAAAUUUUGAAGAUUGGUCAAUAGAAGAUUGUUUAAGAAGAAUAGAAGAAGCCCCUAAUGAUAUAUUUGCUGCGUUCAGAUUAGCUAUACUUUAUAGAGAUGAUUAAUUAGAAAAAGCCAAGGAAUACCUUUUAAAAGUAACCAAAAUGGAUCCAUUAUUUGAAGUCGAAAAAGUAAAUUGGGCUUUAGGAACAAUUUUGGUUUCAGAAAAAGAAUGGAAAAAGGCUUUACAUCAUUUUCGUAUAUGCUACCAAUAUAGUUAAGACAGAGUUUAAUCAUAUUUAGAAAUAGCUGGAUGCUAUUAAAAUUUGGGGGAAUUUGAAAAAGCAGAAAAAACCUAUAGAAGAGCCAUUGAUGUCAAUAAUAAAGAUUAUCUAUCUUAUUAUAAGUUAGGAUAGAUGCAAAUAAGGAAUAAAAAAUUAAAGGAGGGGAUUGAUAAUUUAUCAAAAGCAUAAACCCUUGAUCAUAAGAAUAUGGACAUCAUUAUAGAGUUAGGAGAAGCUUUAAUGAUUUAUGAUGAAGAUCCUACAGCUAUUGAUGAGGCUAUAGUUAUUUUACAUAAAGGAAUGAUAGUAGAUCCAUUAAAUUAUGAAUGCACUAAUGCGCUGGCUAGAGCAUAUGAGAAGAAAGGAGACUUAGUCUAAGCUAUAAAAUAUGGAAAAUUAGCAACGGAACAGCCGAAUUCAGAUUCAAACUCACAUUAUUUUUUAGGAACUUUAUAUUUCAAGAAGAAAGACUUAAAAAGUGCUGCUGAAUCCUUUAUAACAUAAUUGCGAAUAAAUAAUAAACACCCAGAGGCUCUAAUUGAAUAUGCGACAAUUUCAAGCAUAUAAGGUAAUUUCGAAAAUGCAAAAAAGUAUCUGAAACAAGCAUUAAGGGCCUGUCCAAAUAAUCCAGUUGCAAAUAUGAGAUUAGGAAUAAUUUAUUAAACUAAAUUAUAUGAAUUAAACUCAGCAAUUGAAUGCUUUGAAUAAGUUGCAAGUGUAGAUCCGACAAAUUAUAAAGCUUAUUAUUAUAAGGGUUAAUGUUAAUUUUAGAUAGGAGAACUAGAUUAAGGAAUUGAAUGUAUGAAUUAGUCUUUAAAGCACAAUUAAUCGUUUGGUCUAGCAUGGAAAGCUAUUGGUAAUAUUAGGUUUGAAAUGAAUCAGCCAGCUAUGGCUUUAAAAUAUUUCUAAAAAGCCCUAGAUUCAGAUAAAAAUGAUAUGGAAGCUAAGAUUAAACUGGGACAUUGUUAUUAUUUGCAGGAUCAAUUUGAAUAAGCCAUUUAGAUUUAUGAAGAAAUAAAUCAUCUAGAUCAAAAUGAAGAAUUAGAAUAAAAUAUGGCAAAUUGUUAUUAUAUGAAAAAUGAUUUUGAUGAAGCAAUAUUGCAUUAUUAGAAAGCAUUAAGCAUAAAUUCUGAUAAAAUAGAAUGUUAUUAUAAUUUAGGAAAUACAUAUUUUACUAUGGAAAAAUUCGAAGAUGCCUUAGAAUGCUUUGAGAGAGUGGUUAAAGUUGUUCCUUAACAUUCUGCUGCCUUCUAUAAUUAUGCAAAUACAUUCUUUGUUUUGGAAGAUUAUGAAAACGCGGCUAAAUACUUUGAAAAGGCUGUUGAGUUAUAGCCUGAAAAUGUUGAUUGGAGGUAUUUUAUAUAUACAUUUUAAGGAAUUAUGUAGCUUCGUUAUAUAUAAAGAAAGGUGAACUUGAUGCAGCAAAAAGACAUUUAGAUGAAAGCAUAAGAUUAUAACCAUAGAACCCUGACACCUUAGCUAAAUAUGCAAAUUAUUAUUAUCAAAUAGGAAAAUACAACGAGGCACUUCAAAAAGCAAAAGUAUUAAUUAACUAUAUUUCUAGUAAACCUUGGUAUUAGAUGAAAAAAACGAAUAAGCUCUAUCAUUAAUUAGAGAACUUACUAAUUGA